CAUAAAUAUAUAUGAAUGUCAAAUGCAUAUAGGCUUCACAGAGGGGGCACUUGUUGGUCUGCCUGGUAAAGCAAUCUACAGAAAACCUUAUCUUGAGCAAUAUAGCACAGAUGCAAAUUAUAUUUUGGAGCUUCACUGAAACCAGAAGCAGCGACUGGGGGUGUAUUGGCCUUCUCUUUGCAGAUAACAUGGGAAUGUGUAUUAGGUUGGUUGUUAAAAGGGAAUGGCCUAGGCUAUAUAUUAAGGAAAAAAUUCCUGGAUAUAUCUAAUAGGCGUGUGCAGAUUUUUACAUGAGAAUCAUUGGCCUACCUUGGUUUAUGCAACAUCAUAGGUCAUCUUAAACACGUUUAAUUGACCUUGCCGAUUUGAACACUUUUUGCACACAGCAUUUAACACAUUUCUACCAAAAGUAUUUUUGAUUGAUGCUAAAAUGUAAACCACAGAGGGCGAAACCAUGACCUAUAUCUAAACUCACUACCGAAACUGCGAGUGGAGGAGGUGCGGGGCACUUCCAAGUUCGUUCAGACUUCCUCAAAGGUCGUCGUAUAAACACACAUACGUUUAUUCAAACGCAGAUUCGUUAGGAGUGAAACCCCAUCUUAACCGCAUUGGCCUCACUGUUCAUGAGUCCGCUUGGAGCCAGUAGUCUGCCGGCCAGAAGUUAAGGACCGACUCUCUCUCGCCCUACCCCCCUCAGUUGUCCUGUCCGACCACCACCACCCCUCCCCUCCAACCCGUCCAACCACGGGCUGCUGAUCAGCAUGACAAAGCAGCAGUGGAUGGAACAGAGGGGCUUAGCACCCACCGCGCAGCCCUACCUAGUCCAGACACACCGAGACCCUCACCUUGACUCCCACAGUGUGAACGAGUACACGAGGAAUUAUAACCCUUCACACCGCAGUGUAGGACGCAGGUCUUCGUCACCCAAACACGGCUUUAGAGGAUACUGCUCGUCCGAUGCGUCUGGAAAAGAUGCGCACCGGUUGGAGUCGCUAGGAGGAAACCCCGAGCAACGUAGGUCUACCGGUGCGACAGCCACUAUGGAUACAACUAUACUACCUGAGAACUGUUUACUGUCUGGAUCACCACCGUACCUGACGUCUCAAGCCAGGGUGGAGGUCACAGACGCGAGGCGUGAAGCGAUGGAUGUUGACGUGGAGAAGAACUCGGGGUGCAGUAGGAAGAAGAACUAUCAGCGGUAUCCGAAGCCUCCAUACUCAUACCUCGCUAUGAUCUCCAUGGUGAUUCAAAACUCCCCGGAGAAGAAAUUGACGUUAUCGGAGAUCCUGAAAGAGAUCAGUACUCUCUUCCCGUUCUUCAAAGGAAACUACAAGGGAUGGCGGGACUCAGUGAGACACAACCUCUCCUCAUACGACUGCUUUGUGAAGGUGCUGAAGGACCCCGGGAAGCCCCAGGGAAAGGGCAACUUCUGGGCCGUGGAGCUGUGCCGCGUGCCCCUGGAGCUCCUCAAGAGGCAGAACACGGCCGUGUCGCGGCAGGACGAGACCAUCUUCGCCAAGGACCUGGCCCCCUACAUCCUCCACAGCCACACCCACAAGCCUUGGGACGAGCCCCCCCCUCCCCGGGACAACCACGUGACGUCCCUGCCCACCUCCUCCUCCUCCUCCUCCUCCUCCUCCUCCUCCGGCUCCUCCUACCCCUCUCCCCCGCGGGAGGACCUGUACCGCCCCAAGCUGGACUCCUCCUUCGCCAUCGACUCCCUGCUGCACAGCCUGAGGCCCGCCAGCACGGGCGAGGCCGACGGCCGGGCCCACGGCGGAGACGGCUGGGGGGGGGAAGCCAAGCAGCCGCAGCCGCAGCAGCCGCAGCAGCAGCAGCAGCACCUCCACCUCCGGCCCUCCCCAAGGCCACGCUACACCUCCUCCGUGCGCAGCGCCUCGGCCAGCUCGGCCAGCCCCGCCUCCUCCCUCUCCGAGGAGGACUGGCGCCCGCCGCCAGCCCGGGGCGGGCAGCGGGCGGCGGCGGCGGCAGCGGGGGGCGAGGCCGGCUCGGACGACUGCGACGACUGCCGGCCCCCGCAGCACAAGUCGGCGCGGCGGGAGGGGGCCCCGGCGCCCUGGGAGCUGCCCACCUCCUACGCCAAGUACGCCCCCCCCAACACGGUGGCCCCGCCCAGCAUGCGCUUCAACGGGGGCCCGCUCAUCCCUCUGCACGGGGGGAUGCCGCUGUACAGCUACGGGGCCUCGCCCAUGGGGCCCGGUCACUUCCUGGGACACACCUAUUGGCCCAUCCUGCCCAGCGGCCGCAUCUCCAUCCAGCCCCCCGCCAUCCUCAUGGACCUGGACAGCAUGCUGCAGUCGGUGCCCCCAAACAAGAGCGUGUUUGACGUGCUGGUGCCGGCGAGCCAGGGCUCACACCCGCACCCGCACCCGCACACGCACCACUCGCCGCUGGGUCAGUACACGCUACAGAACGGACCUCCCCUCAACAGGUACCCCCAGUACUGACGAGUACCCGUACUCGUGGUACGCAAUGCCACUCAAAGAGACGUUUUCAUGGACACACGAUGUGAUGAGUGGGGAGAGACCUUGUGUGGAGUGUUGUCAUCCGGAGAGGAGCGUGAACUACAAAAGACUUGUUCGUGUCAGUAUUAGCCUGAAGAAGAGCC